AUGGAACGACCGAUAUCCCCUAAAAGGAAAGCGGGGUUCGGUGACAACCCGGCGUGCUCCGUCUCGGCUCCGGGGAAUGCGAGGUCAAUGGUGUACCGACUCCGGGUGCACGGCUAUAACUACACGCCCCCAGUCGCACCUUAGAGGUUAGGGAAAACGUUGUUGAGCCACCGUUGGCGACGUACUGCAAAAAGGAACGAUUAGCCGUCGAUGAUGGUAUUUUUUGUGCGCGCAGCCACAAGUACCCGUUAGUUGCUCGGAAUCAAGCAGUUUCACUUGUUGUCGCUUGCACCCUUGCAAGUUGCGUGUACCUUCUUUUUUUUGCUGUUUUCGCUGUCCCCUGCGGGCUGGUAGAUGAGUCGCGUUGCGGUGAGCGCGUGGGGUGGUCGCAAGUGUCAAAGUAGAAUACAUUUAUCUAUUUUUUUGGGUAUAUUCGCGGCUGUGUCGAAGUGCGGCGCACGCCUCCUGUGCCUGUUGUGUUUUGCGAGAGAGAGAGGGAGAGCGUGCUUCCCACAGCAGCGUUAGAACAACCGCCUUUGUGUAGUGCACCUAAUACGUCGGGCAGGGGGAGAGUCGUUCGCCGCACCACAUCACAAACAGGGCUGGCGGCAGGCCGAAGGCUUUUGGGGGGAGGCUUGAUAGCGCCGCAGAGAGUAGACUAACUACAUGGAGUGUUUCAUUGCUUUUUUAGAAGAAGCUUGGUCGUGACAUUACUACCGGCGUUGUGCCCAGUGAGGUGUUAGUGCUCCUCGACGUGCCUGUGAAGGAAGCCUUCGACCUGAAGUGUGGGGAAAACGAUGGCAUGGUCUAUACGUUCCAUCUUCCGACAUUACGCCCGAACGUGUUGGAUGCCCGCGAU